GUCGAAUAUUAUCAAAGAACUCAUAGGUAUAUAUUACCGGGUUGUAUUUUUAUUGUAGUGACCCAACUGUCUACUAACUGAGCUUUCUUUUAGAGGAAUCAACAAAUAUAGCAGACUCUCUCAAUUCAGCGGAUGACUUCAGCAUUGAGAGAAUACUGUCACUUCAUGCAUUGGCGGAAACGCUUCUUCCUAAAGCUGAAUCAGCUUUGAAAGACUUUCUGUCUCAACCAAUGCAAGCGGUCCUGGCAGGUGAUUUAGCUGAACUUGAAGCUGCAGCUUCAAGGGUGUGGAAUGCAGCCACCAUUUCAUCCAGAAGUAUUCAAAAUGACGGCUCGCCUUUGAUAGCUCAAGUGAAACUAGUUUCUAUUACAAUUUUGCGUAUUCAUGAUUACGGGAACCGAAAUCUGGUAAACGGGCAAAUGAGAUGCUUGAAAUGUUCUUUAAAAUCAUUUGAGUAUUGCAUUAAUUGCAAAUUGCGUGAGGCUGCUAAAAAAGUAAAAGGGUUUAGUGAUGUCUUAAUUCUUCAAUUCAGCAGCAUUGAAACUGAGGGAUAUGUAUUAGAACAGCUAAAUUCGUAUAAAGCUAAAUGGCAGGUAUUAUUUUUGAGCUUAGCUCUACUGUGUUGCGAGUUUGAUGAAGCAAAAAUAUAUGAAAGGAACUUGAAUUCUAACUUUCUGAGUAGCCUUUGGAACCCCCAAACUUUAGAAAUUUGUAAGAUACUUUACAAUUCUAGUGUUGACCUUUUCAGCUCCAAUAGCAUGGCCAAUUGCUUGGUUUUCAUCAGGGCAUGUCUAAAUUACAUUGAGUUUGAAAAUGCAACCUCCAAUGAAAAACUGGAUCAAAGAUACAUAAAGCUAAAACUGUCUUUACUACUUGUUGAAUGUUUAAAGCUUGAAAAUAAAACAGAAAACAACCAUACGGUUGAAAUCACUUUGAAAAUGUUGCAAAAAGAGUUCGACAACUGUCUUGAUGUUUAUGUAUCUACCUUGAACUAUUGGAGAGAUAAGAAAACGCAAGUAGUUGUUGAUAUACAAGAAAUAAUGAUGACUAUGGUUAAAUCGGUUCCAUCUAGGGACUGCCAUGAAGGUAUAGUGAAUGUAUUGAAAAACUUAUCGGCUUUCAACUAUAAGGCUCUGUUGAUAUGCUUAGAUUACUUAUUUGCAAAUUAUUCAAGCCCUCACGAAACCCACGAUAAGUUGGAAAAUCUUUUCAUUACAAGAAUGUGGAUUACAAUUUCUAAAAGAUGUAAUUUACCUAGCUCGUUCUUAUUGAAAGACGUGAAGGGUUAUUUCAAACUUGCAGAGAAGACCUUUGCUAAGUCCAUAUCCGAGAAAACCAGGUCAUGGAUUACCACCAUGAUCUGGAAAGAAGGUUCUUUGGCCCUUAAGUCUCGGUUUUACGAAGAAGCGCUUGCGUGGUUCGAAAUUGGUCUUUCUAGAAACCUAUUCAGCAUUGAAGACUUGACUGACCCUAAUAAUGAUAAGGGAAAACUACUAAAGAAUGUGUUUAAGCAGUUUAUUACAAUUGGGGAGAUACUCCGAAGCCAUAUCUAAGUUCGAAUCCCUAAAUAAAGUUGCAAAGACCCACUCACU